ACCUACCUUCUGCAGCCCCAUUCUUCUGUUCUGUAGCACUCUCUAGUCUCUUCAGUUAGCUAGCACUAUUUAACUUCCAACAAUACCUUUAACAUUUUCUCACCUCAUUGAAUCCACAUUUUCCUUGCCAUUUUCCAAGCUAUGUCAACCUCUAAAACCUCCUUCAAAGGAUCAUCAUAUGAUCCAAGUCAAACCCAAAUGUGCCUAUCUCUUCUUCAAAGAAACACUUCUCCUUGUGGUGAGAGAAGAGGUAAGAGGAAGCAAGCAGAACCAGGAAGGUUUCUUGGUGUUAGGAGAAGACCAUGGGGUCGCUAUGCCGCUGAAAUCAGAGACCCUUCAACCAAAGAGAGGCAUUGGCUUGGCACAUUUGACACUGCUCAAGAAGCUGCUCUGGCUUAUGACAGAGCUGCUCUGUCCAUGAAAGGAAGCCAAGCAAGAACCAACUUUGUUUACUCUGACAUCAAUUUCCAACCUCUUAUAGCCACUACUCCUAUGGAUGAUGUUAGAGUUCAAGCUCUCUUGCCAGCUUCAGAGCUACUCACUCACACUACUCAGAGAAAACAACAAAUAACCAAUCAGAAUAGCAUGUCUCAGCUUGACAAUGCUCACAGUGAAAAAAAGUCAAACACCAUAUGUGCUGAAACUUCAUAUGGGUCAGUUCAGGAUGAAAAUUUCUUCUUUUCCAAUGAUUCUAAUAACUCUGGUUAUCUGGAAUGCAUAGUUCCUGAUAAUUGUUUCAGACCUACUUCAAGUGAUCAAAAGAUUAGCACAAUUUCUAUGGAGAGUGCUAAUCAGCUAAAUGUUGGCAUGGCUUCAUUCUCUGAAGAAGCCACAAAAAUGCCACCACGUUCUAGCUUUUCAGAGUUUUCUUAUCCAAGUGAAGGUUUCUGGGAGGAUCAGCAUUCAUGGGAUUGGAGUUCCAAUGAACUUUCAGCUAUAUUUAACAACCCAUUAAGGGUUGAAGAUAGGUGCAUGGAUACAUUAUAUGAGUAUCAAAUCACUGACUGUCCAAGCUAUGGGCUAAUGAACCAGAUUGCUUCUUCAUCAGCAACCUGUUCUCCAUCAUUUCCACCCUUUGGUGGGGAUGUAGACUUGGGAUACCCACUCUUCUGAGCUUUGAAUGAUUGCUUGUAUCAAGGAGUGAAGCUAGGAAAAUGACUAUAAGACAUGUGCGUGGUGGUGACACUUGACAAACAAGGAUUGAGAAAGAAAAAGAAGCAGAGAAAUAAGUAAUAGAUAUGAUAUAUGAUGAGUGUGACAAAAAAAAUAUUGAUGAAUAGAAAAAUGAGGGGCAUGUAAUGUGUUUAAUUGCAUGAUUUAAGUGUCUAAAUAUAAUUGAAGCCUUAGCUUAGUCCUCCCUUGUGUACUUGCAUUGCAUGCACUUGUACUUUCUUUUGUUUUGUUUUUCUUUUUGUCUUGUAACUUGGGUCUAGCAAGCCUUUUUCUUGUAAUUCAACUACAAAAUUGCACACAUGGGGUGAGCUCUUGAGGGUUUAGGAUGCUGAAAAAAGCUAUAUUGUCCUUCUCCCUUUUAUUUACCAACUAAAUAGGUUUGAAA